CUGGCUCGCUCGGAGGCGCUUUGGGGCGCUGGAUGCGUUAGGGAGGGCCAUCCGCGGCAGGUGCGGCUCACCUGGGCCAGGCAGGGGAGCCCCCUUUCAGGCGUCCGCCGCUCAGCCCAGCCCCGAUGGCGCGCCGGCUGCCGCCUCAGCCCGGCUCCCGUCCCGCGCUCGCCACCCUCCUCCCGUCCUGGCGGCGGUGAGACCAGCCCCGGCUGCUUUCUUGGCUCGGAUGAGCCGCCCGCAUCCCGACGCCGCACUGCGAUGCUGCUUGCGUGGUGCAGCCCUCAACCUUGAGCUCAGGAGCCGCGAUGCCGGAGACCGGAGCGGCGGGACCGGCGGCGGGCGCCCAGGAGAACAAGCGAGGCGGAGGCGCGAUGGACGGGGAGGCGGCCGCGCCACCUUCCACCGGGGUCCUGGACAAGCUGUUUGGGAAACGUCUACUGCAGGCUGGGCGUUACAUCAUGUCCAAUAAAUCGUGGAUGAAAACGGUCCCCACAGAAAACUGUGAUGUGCUGAUGACUCUGGCAGAUACAACGGAUGACCACACAUUGCUAUGGCUGCUGAACCACAUCCGCUUGGGGAUCCCAGAGCUCAUCAUCCAGAUUCGGCACCACAGGCACACCCGGGUCUACGCAUUCUUUGUCACAGCAACUUAUGAAAGUUUGCUCCGGGGGGCAGACGAGAUUGGCUUGCGGAAGCCCGUGAAGGCCGAGUUUGGGGGUGGCAUGCGUAGUUUCUCCUGCGAGGAAGAUUACAUCUACGAGAACAUAGAAAAUGAACUCUAUUUUUUUACUUCUCAGGAACGCCAAAACAUCAUCAGGUAUUGGCUGGAGAACCUGCGGGCCAAGCAGGGUGAAGUGCUGCACAACAUCCACUUCCUGGAAGGGCAGCCAAUCAUCCCAGAGCUGGCUGCUCGUGGUAUCCUCCAGCAAGUCUUCCCCAUCCACGAGCAACGGAUUCUGAACCGGCUGAUGAAAUCGUGGGUACAGGCCAUUUGCGAAGCCCAGCCUUUGGAUGAAAUAUGUGACUAUUUUGGUGUGAAGAUUGCCAUGUACUUUGCAUGGCUGGGCUUCUACACGUCAGCCAUGGUUUACCCUGCUGUGUUUGGCUCCCUCCUCUACACCUUCACAGAGAAUGAUCAGACAAGCCGGGACAUCUGCUGUGUUAUAUUUGCCAUCUUCAAUGUUAUCUGGUCCACGCUGUUCCUGGAGGAGUGGAAACGCCGGGGAGCUGAAUUUGCGUACAAGUGGGGAACUUUGGACACACCAGCAGAAUCUAUUGAAGAGCCUCGGCCACAGUUCCGGGGUGUGAAGCGUAUCAGCCCAGUGACCAACGCGGAAGAGUUCUACUACCCACCGUGGAAGCGGCUGCUCUUCCAGUGUUUGGUGAGCUUGCCCAUCUGCAUCUUCUGCCUCUCCUUUGUCUUCCUUACCAUGCUGGGCUGCUUCGAAUUGCAGGAAUUUGUGCUGAGCAUCAAGGAGCUGCCACGCCUUGUGCGCUUCUUACCCAAAAUCAUGCUGGCCGUCAUCGUCACCGCCUGCGAUGAAGUCUACAGAAAAAUUGCCUACUGGCUAAACGACAUGGAAAAUUAUCGCUUGCAGAGUGCCUACGAAAAACACCUCAUCAUCAAAAUGGUCUUGUUUCAAUUUGUAAAUUCAUACCUAAGUCUUUUCUACAUUGGAUUCUACCUCAAGGACAUGGAACGCCUCAAGGAGCUCCUGCUCAUCUUUUCUCUCUUCCAAAGCCUAGUGCGUCAGCUUAAAGACGCGGUCCUUCCCUCCAUCACUCUCCAACUCCACCUCUAUCUCAUCUCCUUUAAGGGUUUGCUGAGUUUUUGCUGGCAGCUGGGCAUCUCCAAAAUGCUGGCUACACUCCUCAUUACCCGCCAGUUCUUGCAGAAUAUUAAGGAAGUCUCUCAGCCCCACCUAUAUAGCAAGUUCAAGCGUGGUGACUUCAGUAUGCACAACCUUCGGGAGGUGACCCACACCCUCUUCCGCCUGCUGACCCAGAAAUACACAUUCACCACAUCAUAUGGCACCAAACCCCGGCAUCCCAGGCACGGUGACUCACCGGCAGGCCACAGGCCAGAGGUCCAUGAGGCCCCAGAGGGGGUGGCCAAGGGGGAGAAGAAAUGCCUCAAUGGAGGGUGUGGAGUGCCUGAAGAAGAGGAUGAGGAGAAGAAGGAAUCCGACUCAGAGGACGAGAGCAUCAUUGACUGUGGGCUGAAGCUGAAAAAAGUGAGCUUUAUUGAAAAGGCUGACCGCAAGUCAGGAGAUCCCAGUAUAGAAGAGGUGAGCUUCUUGGAAGAAGGGAGUCCCACCAUGGUGGAGAAAGGGAUGGACCCGUCCUCCGUCUUUGAACUGUGUGAGGACGAUGAUGAGAGCGAUGAUGCCUCAGAGAGCCCAUUUAAGGACCCGCCAGAAGCUAAGGAGCCAGCUGUUAUCAUGCGGACUCAGAGGCCGCGGGUGGGCAAGAACCCCACAGAUGGUGAGGAAGAAGAGGAAGAUGGUUAUGAGAAUCGAAGACAUGCCAGGACCUCCUGGAUCGAUCCCCCAGAGGAGAACUACAUCACAGAGCUGGCCCAAGCCGAGGUGGAGAGCUGCAUGAAAAAAUACGAGGACACUUUCCAAGAUUACCAGGAGAUGUUCAUCCAAUUUGGCUACGUGGUCCUCUUCUCGUCGGCUUUUCCCUUGGCUGCCAUGUGUGCCCUGAUCAACAAUAUCAUUGAAAUCCGGAGCGAUGCCUUCAAAUUGUGCACGGGGCUUCAACGGCCCUUUGGGCAGCGGGUGGAAAGCAUUGGAGAGUGGCAGAAAGUGAUGGAGGCAAUGGGUGUCCUUGCCAUUGUGGUGAACUGUUACCUAAUAGGCCAGUGUGGGCAGCUGCAGCGCCUUUUUCCCUGGCUCAGUCCUGAAGGCGCUAUUAUAUCUGUGGUGGUGCUAGAGCAUUUUGCCCUUUUGCUCAAAUAUAUCAUCCAAGUCGCAAUUCCUGAUAUCCCGGCCUGGGUCGCGGAAGAGAUGGCCAAGCUUGAAUACCAGAGGCGGGAGGCGUUUAAGAAACACGAGCGACAGGCCCAGCACCACUUCCAACAGCAGCAGCGUCGUAAACGGGAGGAAGAGGAGCGCCAGCGCCAUGCUGAAUAUCACGCCCGAAAAGAACGUGAGAGCAGCCGGGAGGAAGGCAAGGCUAAUGGUGGCGGGCAGGACCCUGGACACAAGAAGAGUCAGCCCAAAGGGAAGGGUCCAGGAGGGUCAAGCCACGGAUCCGAGAAACCCAAACGGCCCAGCUCCCUCCUGGCCACCAACAAUGUUAUGAAGCUCAAGCAGAUCAUCCCUCUACAGGGCAAGUUUUUAUCAGGGAGCACGGGGGCAGCUGCCGCUGGGACAGCCCGUUCACCCCAGUCCCCCACUAGUACUGACAACAAACUACCGGGGUUCCUUAGUUUCAAGUUCCUUAAGUCCCCAGAGACAAAACGGGAAGCCAACACUGAGAAGGUGCAGUCGCCCACUAAGCCUUUCAACCCGAGCAAACUGUUCAACUUCAGCAAAUCCGAAGGGGGCAAUGGGGCUCCUUCCCUGCCACGGCCCGGCCCUUCGGCAGAUGCCGGUGAAAAGCCUUUGGCCAGCAGAUCGCACCUCAAUGGGUUGUUGGCAGAUGAGGAGGUGUCUGAGGAACUGGAGAUCCGAACAAUGGUGGAGGAAGAGGGGCCCAGCCACAGACUCUAACCCCCUGGUUGGGUGUGAGAGCUGGGAGGAGCAGAGGACAAGGCCUGAGCUGCUGGUUGGUUCUUCAAGCAGAAUUGGGGCGGCCUCUGUGUUUAAUUCUGAGAGGUUUGCUGGGUCUUUCAGCCCUCUUCAAGGCAACUUCAGGGUAGUAAUCCCUUGCUGAGAUUUACAUCUGGGAAAAGAAAGUUAAAGAGAGGUUUGAUGACUUGGACCUGGAGACCCAGUUCCAAUAUUGGUGGCCUUUGAUCUAAGUCAUAUUUCUAACUGAGGACUCCAAGAAUGAGGAAAGCAAAGGUACCACAAGUUAGAAGCAAAGGAUAUGAAGCAGGGCGUGGAGGGGGCUUCCACUAACUUUUAACAGGUUGAGUUACAUGUUGUUCUCCUCCCCACCUGUCCUUUCCCUUAUUUUAUCAGGGCUGAGACCAGGAGAACGUUCUAGCCCAGAUCAGUUUUCUAAAUCUUAACACACCUUCAGAAUUGAUCCCGUUCCUGGGUGCUCGUCUGUCUUUAACACGGAUGGAUCACACUGCUAAAGUUAGUGCAGUUUCUUCUUUAAGAAGUCAUGACCUUUUGAAAAUAUCGCUGAUCUUCGCUGGAGUGUUUUUAUUUUCCCUCCAGAGUUUUGCUUAGCAAGAGCCCCUUCAGAGUGGUGUUAUAUACAAUUUCAGCAAUGGCUAGUGUAGUCUUUCCCUAGAUGUAAAUAUUUCUAAGAGACCCACAAAUACUAGAAUCUGAGGCAAGGAUGCUUUGCAUUAUUUUUUCCUCCUUCCAUUAAAAUCAGAGACGCUCCCCAUCCAACCCCCUUUCUGCUUGAAGAACAGCCUCAUGUGGCAGCAAGGCAAAGGAUUUUGAGGAGUCUGGAAGGGGUGGAGGAAAGAUGGAACCAUUGUCCAUGCAUGAUUGACAUUUCUUGCACUAAAACUGAAAACAUGGUGACUUCACAUUUCUGAGACAUGAGGAUUCAAAAGCUGUGGCAGCCGAUGCUAAAACAAAACCUAGAAUUGGGACAAGUAUCAUUAUGAGUUCCUGAAACAAAGAUCUACCACAUGUUUUCUUUUUACAAAAAUCAGUGGUUGGGAAAACAGAAAAAUAAAGGGAUGGGAGACACAAUCUAAUUUGGAAGGAACUAGGAUAUUAUUAUUAUUAUUAUUAUUAUUAUUAUUAUUAUAUUAUUAUUAUUAUUAUUAUUAUUAAUUUUCUUUCAAUAAGGACCUUGACCUGUGACAGGCUGUGCCAAGGAGGAGAUUUUUCUGAACUUGCUGCUUAACAGGGAAAGCAGAUAAGUCGAGCUCAUUUUUGAUGGCUACGUGGACAAAUCCAUGCAGUUGUCUUGGCCAGAAUAUGGAAGUGGUUUGCUGUUGCUGACACCUUCUGAAAUACUUCUUUCAAAUUUCGAGUCCAGUGAAAUUUCCUGGUCAUUUCUGUCCCAAAUUUAUUUAUUAUUUAUUAUUCAAAUUUUGCUACCACCCAUCUCCCCCAAAAGAGGGACUCUGGGCGGUACUCUGGGCAAGUCCAGCCUUGCUUGGCUUUUUAAAGAUCAGAAUCAGUUUUAGGUGCAUCCACUUGCUGGGAUGAGAAGGAAGAGUUUGAACUAAAAGAUAAAAAAUCCAGAAUUCAUACUGGAGUAAAUGGGGGUGGGGGGGCAGGGAGGGAGAAUGGAAUUUUUUGCCAUUAAUUUGUUUCAAGUAGGUAAUAGCUCUAGCUAUAAUCUUAGGGAGUGUUUUAACAGUUUGGAAAUGGGGUGGGGGUGGGCUUGUUUAUCAGGUGGUGUCUGUUUGUAUUUUUGCCCUGUGGGCAAAAUCUUUCACAACUGGGCUAGAAAGCAAGGGCAAAAAAAUCCUCCUUUGAUCUGGCAGCAGCUUUUAGUAUGUAGAUCACUGUCAAAAGUGAUCUUAUUUUGUUCCUUUAAAAAACAAUUGCACCCCCCUGCAGGCCAAAAAUAAAAAGCAUCCCUUGAUUUCCAGCUUGCAGAAUCCUUGAACGUAGUUUUGCUAAGCGGGAAGGGAUUGCCAGAGAACAAGCACGGCCUCCUCCCCUGUUCACCUAAUGGGAAGUGGCAAGCUUAGCACCGCAGUUGCGUGGCAGCAUCUCAGGGGAAAACUGCUUUGUUUUUUCUUUAAUAGUCCAGAGGAGUCGGUCGCUUUGCAGGAUGGAAAAGAAGUGACUUCUUUUAGAGGGAUUUCUCUAUCUUCUACACACAACCCUGUCCUUCUGUGGAGCAAAUUACUGUCGGCUCGAUACGUAAUUGACAGUACGUUGGCUCCCCCAAAGCCAUUGCAGUGAUCAGGUUUGAGAGGGAUUUCCGACAGGUGCUGGCCACCUUUCUGGCCUGCUCCCGAAAAAGCCCCUCAGAGGAUUUUCAACCACUAAAUCCUCCAAAGGAAGGGGG